AGAUCGUUCGACUCCAAUUUGCUCUUUCAAGUUUAUGAUGAAGCUUCAGCUUUUCUUCCUCGUCGUCUUAGUCCACCUCUUGGCCAAUCCAAGUGAAGCCCAAGUAAGUAAGAUAUAAAAUAUUUCAUAUCAUAAAAUUGAAUUCUUUCAAAGUGAAUCGAAAUUUUUGCAGAAACUUUCGAUUCCUGCUAUAUAUUUCUCCUUCGACAUAGACGUACCCUUUCUUAACGUGAAAACACGCGCAUACAUCUUAUCUUAUAAGAGACAUUAAGUUCUUUUUGGUAAUCUUUUGUUAUGCGUAGAGAUCAUUUUAAAAUAUCUCUCACAUAAAAAAUGGUCAUGAAUAAGAUCUAGGCGUUUGAAUUCUAAACAAUCCAAUUAGCUUUACGUUGAACUAAUCGAGGCCCCGGGAUCGAGGCAUAGUAAAAUUUGCUCCUGAAUUUGUUCAAGGUGUACCCGUUUGUGAAUCAAUUUUAUCCUAGGUUUAAAUUUUAUUUUCCUUUGUUUCAAUUUCACUACCAUACAUAACCAUAUCCAAAAACAAAGGAAAAUAAAAUUUGAACCAAGGAAAAAAUUGAACCACAACAUACCGAAUGUAUAAAGGCAUUCAAUGCACUACGAUAUGGAUUAAGCCAAUUUGAGGGUUAGAAACAGCUCUAGGAAUUUGAUCCCACCCUAUAAAGUGUAAAAAGAAUCCUUCUGGUCUCCUACACAGUGCGAAAGAUGUUCUCUUUACCUUUCCAACAGAUACCUCAGUGUUUGCCUGCAUUAGCAACCUACCUUCAGAACCAGACUUCACUGUUGCAGAGUGUCAAAAACGACCUUGAUGCAACUAAGAAACAGCUGCAACAGGCCAUUGGUAAGUUUGAACUUAUGUUGCCUCCAUAUCCAGUAUGUAUCUCUCUGUUUCGCUUGUAGUUUAUCGUACGGGUCUAUCUCUGUCCUAUGAAAGCACUAGAGUACUGGGCCAGUGCAUUUACACCAGCAUCAAAUUUAACUUAGUAUUCUUAAAGUGUCUAUUUUACAUUAGCUACUGUCUUCUCGUCUUCUCCUGAGUCUAUUUGUUUCUACAUCUUCUUCAAACGGGACGCUUUCCCCCCUCCCUCAACAAGGCAGAUAUAUACAAUAGCUUGUGGUAGAUGUAAGUCACAAAGCAACCAUCAGAUUGGCUACAUUUGCAAGAAGGACUGUCCAAGCGGCAAAUCUCAACGUUUACCCAACAACACGAUUUAGGCGUUAGUAUGCUAUUGCAGAUUGACGCUCGUGGGCGAAAAGUUUUAACCGUAAAUGCAAUGAAAAAGCAUUUAUCCCCAUAUCCAUGCCACAAAAACAGGGUUUAAGCAUCGGCUUGGUGAACUCACCAAUUUUUGACAUAUUUGUCAUCCCUGAUGAGGCACAUGAGCAUCCUCGUCCCCAGACCUGCUCGUCCCACUUAUGCGGGCUGGGCCUGUGCACAAGGAACAAGUAGCUCUGAAAAAGUCCAGUCACAUAAGCCUUUCUAAACUACCUUGCAAGAAAAAGAUUUUGAAACGGAUGUGUUGCGAUUGGAUUCCCUUUGUAAGUUUCUACCCAAUUAAAUCUUAAGUCCCCAGAGCCACUUGUUCCUAACCCUAACCGUUGUUCCCUAGCCGGUUAAGAGAAUUAAGCGGCUCUGGGGAAGCGAGUAGGCACAUGGAUUGCUCUUUUUUUUAACCAACAUAUUUUCCUCAUAGGUCAAUGGCCUCCUGGUCAUUAUUGCAUUCUGGCCAGUGGAUCAUGCCCACCCGGAUUUUCCCGUUCCCAGGGACACAUGCGUGCCUUGAAGAUGUACUCUCACACCCCCACUUACAUCACUCCGGCCACGUUCGGAAGCAGUCGGAUCCAGUGUCACGGACCCUGUGGCCGGUACGGGCAGUGGGUCGGAGAACUGUACAUCGCAGCAUGUUGCAAGUGAUGGAGAAUCACAACUAUUCUUCCAUACCACAGUCAGCCCAACGUACAUAGCAUUGUUACACGAAUGAUACUAGGAAACUAGGG